AUGUGGGGUAAACUCUUCCAUUUUGCGGCAGAUGCUAUGCUUAUUACCACUGUGCUUGCCGGUAUUAAGCGCAACACCGGAUUGCAAAUCGCCACUUCGAAAAUCGAAGACAACAAUAUCCGGUCAUAUCUUGACAAGUACCUCGACUUUGGUGAUACAUUAUUAGACCAGGCCGUCUAUCAAAUGCAGAAAUCCGGCUACUUUGAACGCAAAUAG